AUGCAGCGACGAUUGGAUCUGGAGUCAAUCCAACCAGAUGCAGACAGUCGUCUUCAGGAGAUGAUGGCAUAUGUUCAGCGGUGUCUGAACUGUCACGUUGAACUCGCUACCGAAAGUGACAAGUCUAGCCGACGCUCAUUUCGCGCCGCUAUCCUUCUGAGGGCAAUCGAGAUUCGCGAUCGCUGGCUGAGUGUGCAGAAUGAAAUCACCGAAGCGGUCUCUCAGUUGUCCGCUGCGGUAGAUGCAUGGCAGAGUUUCGAAUCUGUUCGUGAUCAAUGGGAACAUUUAAUUCUUCGCUUGGAACAUUGGUUCAAGACAAAGUCGACGUCUAGCGUGAAUACAAAGAAUGAAUUGAUGGAGCUGGUUGAGUCGAUGCGCGUAGUACUGGAGGCACUGAAUGUAAAAGAUACCCAUACUGAGUUACCCCUUGUCACCUCGGAAGAAACUUCAACCGUUGAGUUAGCUUGGGAAAUAUCUCAAAAGUUGUUUGAAAUUGAAGCCUGCUUCAAACUCCUUACGCAGUUACCAGAAGCCGAGAAUGAUAAUUCCCGUGGCGAAAAUGGAGAAAAUAUGAAUGCACUCACAAUCACAAAAACUCAACUACUGGAAUCCAAAGCUCGCGUCAGUCAUCUUAAGAAACAAGCGAAGGAACUCAUCUUUCUAUGGAGCGCUCGAAACGAUGCUUUCGAUGUUUGGUGCUGCACGAUGCAUGAGCUGGAACAUUCGCUGCUUUCGCUUGAGCAGAGGACUGAUGAAAUCCAAAUUCAGUUAAACGCUAGUGAUAUGGAUGCCAAACAAAGCACUCAAACCAUUGAUGAUGUACUGGCGAGUCUUGAGUCAAUAUCAGCUGACCGUAACAAACUGACACAGCAACUAGCCGAUGUACGCUCCAAGUCCAGCCAGUUGGUCAUCUUCUUAGGCGAUGUUGGGCGCCAGGAAGUGCACGAGAAGUUGUCACAAUGCCAGCAUUCGUGGGAAGCGCUACGAUCGCCGCUGGACCUCCUUCGCACGAAGCUCUCUCGUCAUCAGAGUGCAUGGUCGAGGCUGCUCACUCACUUGGAGGCUUUUGAUAAAUGGAUCAUGGCCAGUGAAACAGAACUGGACCGAAUGAUUCGUACGACUCCAUGGCCAGUUGAACUGAGAGCGUCAAUUGAUUUGAAUGAUGUCGAUGCUCAGUUACUUGAAGCAGUGACGCCCAGACGUAUGGACGGUCACCGAAUCGGCAUGUCUCUUGUUUUUGAGCUUAAUGAACGCUUGUCAGAAACGUAUUCAUUUGGCGAACGUGUACACCUGUUUACCGAGACCAUUGAUGAGGAGAGCACACAGCUUGAUCGAACCCGAUUAGCGCUGGACGAUUUAUCUGGCCAUUUGACUUGCGACCCGAACGGCGCAACUCGCGUUCACUUCGAUCGAGUAUCCGAACGCUUCUUCAACUUGCGUGCUUCGGCGAUUGCGUUAUCGGACUCGACGAAACGUUAUUGUACAAUACUGCAGCAAUUUUCCCACACAUACAGUGAGUGUUGGAAACAAUUGUUGCACUUUCAAAACGAAUUUGACCGAGUUGUACUUGCCCCAGAAAACUCCUCUAUCAAGGACCGGCAAACGCAAUUAUGUGGUACUCAGGUCGAUGCGCUUCAUAACUUAGAGGAGCAGCUUGGUUCGGUUGAAAUACUGGAACGUUUGACGAAAGGCUUAACUCGUACCGAUGGCACCCAGAAUGCCUUCCUAGAACAUCUUGAAAAUCUGACUACUCAAGCCUCUGCAGUGGACAGCUUUGAAUUGGUGGAGGCGGAGAUGGGACAUCCAAAACGCACAUGCCACUGGGCUGUAGAGAUCCUGCUUCAUGGCACACUUCAGUUGGCUAAAGCAAAUAGUAACCGCUUGAAGCAGUAUCUGGACGAAAACACCCUGUUAGAGAUUGUAGACCGCCUAUAUGAUGAACUGAGUCAGACGUUACGUGAUGCGGAAGAUGAUUUAGACUCAGCUGUCACUCUCCAAGAAACUUACGAAUCAAUGCCUCUAGAUCAGCCGUUGUUAUGGAUAGAGACCACAAUUAAUAGAUGCGAAGAAAGAGAAGCCAUUUUGGUGAAUCGAGUAAUACCAUCCGAUGUCAAAAGGAUGAAACAGUUACAGGAGCUUGAGCUAUUUGGGUCUCGACUUGCACAGGGCACCGGUCGAGCUUAUCUAGACGUCAAUCAACGUAUAAUGUCUAUUAAAGUGAAGCACAAUUUACUUGUCAGCAGGACACGCACGCUGCAAAGUCAACUCACUCAAGAACUCGUGGCAUGGAGGAAGUUUCACGUAAACUUACAAAAGUGGGGAGACUGGUUGUCUUCGGAAGAGGUGGCAGCGGAUAAUAUUUUGAGCGGCAGAGCACCGAGAUUUAUAGAUGAAGAUUAUCCCCAAACUUGCUACACAAACAUUGUUCUCUGUAUGGAUGAGUUAGAGAGAUUGGAAGGUAACCUGCUGAGCAAUGGGAAGAUAAUACGAGAGGAAAUGGAAGUGACUGUGCAGAAUCUGAUGCUGAAUAUCGUCCCUCAUUCCGGGAACCAAGCGAUAAGAAGCAAAGCAUUGUUCUUCCAAUCACCUCAGGUUAAGACACUGAGUGCGGUUAUGGCGCGUCAAUACCACCGUUGGGAUGCUCAUCGGAGGCGAUUGCAGGUUAUUCGUGCAGAGCUGUGCGACGAAUUGAUGUCUCAGACCAAGUUGAACACUGCUUUAGAACAGUCUGAUAGGUGGAUUCGAUCAAUGAGUUUACAGGUGAAUGUUAUCAGUCAGGAUAUGCUAUCCCACCUUUCCGAAUUAUUCUCUAGAAUCAAAGAUCCUUGCGUUGGCAUAUCAGAAGAGAUAGCACUAAUGGAGUUAAACUCUUGGUUUAGCCCAAAGAUUCACACGCUCGAGACAUUUCUUGAUGAGGUUCAACAAUAUUCGCAGGCAGAUAUGCAACAUAUUGACACUUUGGUCAGUAGUCAUCUAGCAACAGAGGAAUCAGUGCAUACUCGUCUGAAGAGACUGGUAACCAGAUCAUGUGAUAUGGACACAGCGGAAUUGCCAACUUCGGCACUCGAGCACCUAAACAAGUUACGUGCCAACCUGAGCGAGGUAGAGUCUCGUCUCAGUACACUGCUAUCGGACUCACAGUCCUUAUACAAUUUGAGUGUGAACUUCGUCCGAUUGAGCCAUCAACUAUAUCAGGUGAUUGCUGAAAGUCACCAGCAAGCAGUGCAACUGGUAUCGGAAAUGGAUUACGCUACUCGGACGCGUACCCAAGAACCAGAAGACAACCAAGUCAAUGAAAAUGUUAUAAAAAAGUUGCAGGCAACCCUUACAAAACUUGUUGAACUUAAGAAUGAGUCUCUUCGUGCAUCAGAUGAGUUGCUGACUGCGCUGAAAGAAGCUGCCAAUACACUAAUCAUCAAGGCUAAUCACAUCCAGGAUGCACCUGGUGUGGACUCACCUACUUCAUUGGUAAACCCACUGGGGCGUUGCAUCGAACGUCUCGGUACUUACUUUGGUGAUCUUCUUACUCAGCUUUACUCUUGGGUCAGCGAUUGGUCCCGUUUUUCCGAGACUUUCGAUGAAGUAGCUGCUUGGCUGAGCUCAUCAGAAUCUUCCGUUGUUGAAACAAUGCGUGACGAGCUGAUAGGAACACCAUCGGGAGCCAUUGAGUUCAACCAUAUCAAUGAUGUCCAGUCCAUUAGGGAUCGAGUGACAACCUACGCCUCUACAAGUGAUCAUUUUCACACGUCCCUGCUUAGUCGACAGUCAGAUGUACAGGAGCUUGUUGUUCAGGCCCGCGCUUUAGUUGAAAAGAAACUAUCGAGUUUAGCACAUCCAACUCCAAAGGCCCCUCCGACAAUGCAUACCAUCUCGUCUGGUUUAAACGUGUCCUUUUCCGGUGCAUUGGCUGUGUCGCGGGCUACACAGUUUGCACAACGAUACCACGCACUGCUGAGCCUAUGCGAUCGAUGGAGUCAGCUGAACCAAACAGCUUUACAGACUGUAGAGCAAACUUUGUCGACAUUUGCGUCGUACGUUCAUUGGGCAGAGGACAUGAAAACUGAGCUCAGUACGUUAGAAAAUCAGAUGGUUCAUCUAAACUCUCCACAAUCGGAGGAGUUUGUUCACGUGGUAAAAUCUCGACACGCUCAUCCGUUGUGGUCACGCGUCAUCGAGCUCACCAAUAAGAGUGAGGUUGGACGUAACCUAGUUCAGGGUGUCUCAGAUUGGGCGAACCGCAUGGUUUCGGAAUUAACAUUGCAGGAGAGACAAAGGAUUAUCGAAUUGCGCACACUAGAGCCACUUGUAUCCAGGAUAAGUAGGGCAGCAGUUGUACGAGAAAGCGGAGACAGUUCACCGUUGGGACGUCCGGUAGAAGUAACCACUUACGCAUAUGCGGAACAUGCUGCGCUGGCUAGACGCCUGAUAGAAGUACGCUCUCAAGUCGAGCAAGUCCUGUCUGAAAUAACCCAGCAGAACAUCGCUCAACAAAAUGUGGAUUCAUGGCUGAAUGCGACGGAAGCCCAGUUACUCACCAUUUGCCAACAUGCAUUUCCCGAAGUAGACGCGUCAUCCAUGUCUGAUAGUUUCGCGGAACUGUGGAAGGCACUUUCAUUUUUGGGCAGGCAAUCCGCGGUCGCCAUUGAUGCUCUCAUCGAAUUGAGGUCUAAUCUAAUGGGUUACGAGACGAAAAUUAAUCGUAUGGAUGACUCCCGGGAAGCAAACCAUAGCGUUUUGAGAGACCGGUCCACGCGAUUAGUUGAACGCAUAGACAUAUGCCGUGAGGAUCUAGAAAACCGUUUUCGCAUCGUGCGUCUGUUUCAGCAAUCCGUGAGAGCUUGCACUGAAUGGCUCCAAGGGGUGGAGCAUCAACUGGGCUGUUCCGAUGUAUUGAAGAAUGCGGUGGCCAUUGACACUCUGUUGGAUUCUUCUGAUGAAGCUUUUCAAUCCAGAGAACUGGAGCACAUGGAAAUAGUUCUGCUAACCCGCCAACUGAUUUCAUUAUCCGAUGCCGAACAAUGUCUCUCUACCGCUAAUCGCCUUGGUGCUUCAAUAGAGGACCGUGGACGACAGCUGAUCACAAGAGUUACGGAAGUUGGUCAACAGUUAGUCACCAACUUGCGAAGCGUGGAAGCAGGUGCAUAUUCAGACCAGCCAGCUCCCAACGUCGUCUCGCGAAACCAUCUAAGCACACUUGUCCAAAGCUGCGUGGAAGUACUGCAAAGAGAGUUUGCUUCCGUGAAUGAGCUGCAAUACAACACAAUGACAAAGUUUGACGGGUUAGUUCGACUUUGGCGCGAAUGUCAAGACCGAAUGGACCGGUUGAGUUCGUUCAUCGGAAACAUGCACAAUACCGCAUUUGCAGUGUCACAUCAGCGCGUAACUUGUGCCAGUGAGAAAAGCCAGGUUGUCUUGAGCUUCGAGAAGUUCCUACAAGAUUGUUUGGACAGGAAGCAAGAGCUAGACGUUUGCAUGAAAAUUGCUCUGGAGGUGAAAGAACUGGCACCGGACUGUCAGAUACCGGAGCAACUGGGACGAUUGGGGGAUCGUUACAAGAACGUCAUGCAAUCUGUUGAGUCUACGUUGAACCGACUUCGUCAGGCUGCGGAAAUGCACGGAAGAUACGAUCAAACUUUGGCGGAAGCAAGAAACUGGUUGGGUACCAUUACGGUCAAAUUGCCUUGGUGUACGACUGAUUCUGCGGUACCUAACAGUCAAGCCGAAGUGGAACAAAACUUGACAACUCAUCGGCUUGUUGCUGAGGAACUUUCGCAACGUGCAAACACCACUUUGGACUCACUAUGUCAGCUGGCUGACCAGGUAAUGCGUACAUCUGACACAGAGGUACAAUCGACCAUCGCCGGCGAAGUUGGUGCAUUUCGACAAACCGUCCACCAGACGACACUUCAAGUUACACAGUCUCAGCACGUUCUGGAGGCUCAACUUGAUCGAUUGAAUCGCUGGUCGACCGCCCACGCCGAGGCCACUCAAGCGAUGCAUUCGUUAUCACAGAGCGGCAACAGACAAGAAGACAAGGCCAUCUUGACAUCCACUCGGCUAAUUAGUUUGAAACAAGCUGAGACAGCCGAACUAGAACAAAUGCAAUACACUGUGGACAAUGUGAAGGCCCCACUGGUACGAUUAAGGCAAGCGGCCGCAGACCUCUCCGCGAUCCAACCACAAGCUGAUCACAUUGGUCUGGUAGAAGCGAUGGAGCGUAAACUUACAAAGGUGGAGAAGGAACUUGAGGUUUGCGUUUCUAAAACACGUGCGGCUUGCCAGCAGCUAACGGAGUUCGGAACACAGAUAAGCAAGGUGGAAAGCGGGAUUCUCUCGUUGUCCCUCAAGCUGAUGGCUGUCCACGCAACAGAGCCAGAUGGUCCUCGAGGUGUGAUCCGGCUUGGCAUGGUGCUUACCGAAUUGGGCAAGCAGUUGGAAUUUUAUCAAGUACAAACUCUGCCCCAGCUGAUGACACAGGCAGCUAGGUGUAUGGUUAGCGUAGUGUAUGAGCAACACGCUGAUGCCGCAAUGCAAGCCCUCACUCUCGCCCCUGGCGGUGGCGAGGCAUGCAGUGCGGAACAAGGGAACUCGACACACAAUGGCACAGCAACGGACAAUGUCGGUCCGAGCCAAGAGGAUGGUCCACUUGGUCUGAAUCCUUUCCAAAUGGAAAUCACACAAAUGAAGGCCAGUUGUGAGGAUAUAGGUGACAUGCUGAAUCAGAUAACAGCUCAUCUGUUCGAGCAGCAAAGACGCUGGGCCAGCCUUGUCUCAGUCAUUUUCCGAGUGGCAGAGUAUUUGCAAAAUGAAUUGCCUGCUUGGUGGGCCAAGCUUCCGAGUUUACCAGAUCUGGGAAACUCGUCACACUCUCGGCUGGAACCAAUCACCGACGAACUUUCUGGUCUAUCAACUUUGACAAGUUCAGAAGCAUCAGAUCAACUUGCCUCAUCAACAUCUCCCGAACGGAGCCGACCGACCAUCCGGAUGAACGCCCAGGGAGUUCAAUCUCAGCUCACCAGUGCAGAUGCUGCCAUCGCGCGUUUAAUGAUUAUCUCACAGGAGCUUGCCGCGGAGAUGUGCCGUUGUCAGUCAUCCCUUGGACGACCUCUUACUAUUCCGAUCACCCUGCACUCGAUGAUGAAACAGAUCAAUUCGUCUACCGCGCUUACCGAUAUUCUAACGGAAACCGAAGCACAAUUUCAGCAGUCUGGCCGAAAAAGGCUUAAACAUGAAGCGCCAAGUGGUACGGAGCUGAAACGCAGAGUGCACACUCUAACAGAGCGUCUGAAGCGAGAAGAGCGAAAGCUGAAAGAACACAUUAGAAAACUGAAUGACCUCAAAAUUCGAUGGGACCAGGAAUAUCUAUGCGAAGCGGAAUUUGACUCUUGGCUCAAACGCAAGGAGCUGGAUGUCAAUCGAACCCUCAAACGUUCCAUCGAUCGUCACCGUCGUCGACAUGCCAGUUGCGAUACAGCAAAGCAUGCGUCCACCUCAUUAGCGUACACUAAACUGGCCGAUGCCAUGGAUACUGCUCACUUGGAAGUUCUCCUCGCAGAAAUUCAAGCUAAAGAACACAUACUUCAUCAGUUCCACAAAGAACGUGCAUUCCUCGAGGGUCAUAAAAACCCGGAAUCCGCCAAGGAGCUCAGCGAAUUUAAGUUGCGUUUGUCUUCUCUUAUAAUACAAAUCAGUGAGGCGAUAUCAGCUCGACGUCAAUUGGCUGCUCAAACAGUUGAGGCUGCUCACUUAACUGACCAACUACACGAGGACCUGCAUCGUGUGGUUCACCGAUCCAAUGCCUUGAAACCCACGAACUCUUGGAUGAACACUGGCCCCGGAUAUAUGGAACGGGAUCGCGAUCACCUCCAAGCAGUUUCAAGCGACGACCUCAAAACGGCCCACGGGCGCCCCAUGUUCUGGGCUAGUAGCUCAAAUAUCACUGAGUAUCAAAGUAUGCAAAUACCCACACCUCAGGAAUUUCGCCCAUCAAUUAGUCCUUACGAUCAGUGGACCUCAAUUCUAACUUCUUCCUCCCCAAGUUUUGGAUUUGAGCGCAGACUACCAGUAGCUGACAGUUUAGAGUGGUUGUGGUAUUCGCCUACUACCGUACUGGGCUUAUCAUCGGAGGCUCUGACCGACACAACUGCUCGAGAAACCAUUCUAGAGCGUGGUCAUCAGCCACACUUGUCGCGUGCAUCGUCUUUGUCAUCUUUACCUACCUCUGGACCAUGGACAAGUUAUCGUAGUCUGCAGAAAUCAACACGAAAACUGCGUCCAACUUGGAAAGAUUAUACCGAAACCAUGCCUGUUAAUGAGCGAAGUGCCCAUCCAGUUAGCACUUCUUUCCCCCUGAAAAUAGAAACGGAUCUGCCCGGGUCUCACUAUAGGCCAUUCGACCAGAGAAAAUUCGCGUCAGCACCUUCCAAACACGGCUUUAAGUCUAGUUAUCUUCAACCCUUUCAACCUGGCACUCGCGCACCAACCUCUCCACUCGAGGCACACUCGACUUGUGUUGCAGACUACCAGCAUCUUCCAAUGCUUUUACGAAGGAACAUUUCACCUGUUCCCGUGAAAACCGCGAAGCGCACCCAUCGUACAACGGAACCAUGGCCCAAGGAGCAGUGCUAUUGGUUUACCGUUUCACGACACAAUGACUACAGUAAACAGAGUACCGUAUCCUCUUCUCCGGUAUCCUCUGAAUUUACCCGCUUUGCAUCUAGGUUUCCACAAGCUGAGUUCAUUCCCACUGACGCAAACCACUUCCAACAACAAAUGGGCUCCUCUCAUACUCCUUUCCAAACAUCACUACCGAUCAAUCGUCCUUCAGCACCCAAAAAGACGACCUCUCGAGCCACUCUGGUGCCCUCUGAUAUGGACACCACCAUAUGCACCACAAGACCACAACCAAUGGGGGCCUCAAAGUCCGAAUCGGUGGUUAGCUACACAGUGAAGCCACGGAUACUACUUCGAGCGCAGUCCACGCCCGUUGCGACGUGUUUUGACUCUGGUUCUGGCUUCAGCAUCUCCACGUCGAAUCUAUCCGUUUCACGGGACACACUCAUCGCGCCUGUCCCCCCACCAUUACCUCCAAAUGAAAGCGGCGGUAUCAGCAACAUGGACGCUGGGGCGCAGCUUCGACAUCGUCUAAAUACCCCAGUUCAAAUGGCUCUUCAACAGUAUCGUUGCAGCGGGAGGCACGAGAUGGACUACGCGAGUAGCUGAACAAAACGAACCUACUGCCUUGCAAAAGGUGAUCACAACAGGUUCCUCUUCCAUAUGGAUGUACUACCUUGAAGUAUUUCACGUUUUCAAUACUUUUUGAUAUGCCAAAGUUGUGUUUUAUUCUUACGGUACUUGUCAGAUUGCACGGCACACUCGCCGCUCAGCGAACCACUACUGUUACCGCCCACGAGUCGAAGUAGUUCUUGAAAGGUGGUUGAAUCUGUACUACUUCGCGAGUGUUUUGUUAACUUUGCCGUCCUAUUUCAUAAUUUUGUCU